AACACACAAUAAUAGAAUCUAUCAUCUUUUUUUCAUCACAAUAAAGUAUAUUUCUCAUUGCACAUUUUUUUACUAAAUAAAUAUAACUUAAAGCACCUAGUAUUUUUUAGCAACAUUGAAUGCCGUUACACGUUUACACCAGUUCCCCCGAAUCUAGGACUAGUCAUCUCCUUCCAGUUUAUCAACCUUGAUUACGAAUCAGCUUGUUAUGACCACAUCAUCCUUAAAGAAGGUGACAUAAAUGGAAACCAAAUUGCUAAAAUAUGUCAGGGCUAUCCACUUAGUCGUCCUGUUAUAUCUCCAAAUGAGACCUAUAGAACCAAAGAGGCAUUGUUUCUUCAUUUUGUAUCUGACGAUAUGGUCCUAGCACGUGGGUUUAGAGCUAUUGUCAAACAAGAUCCAAUAUCGGUAAACACGGAGAGCACCACAGCAGUGGCAAAUGAGUCAACAACAAAGAAAAAUACCACUCAUAAUAAUAACUCACCAUUGACUAUGGUAACGGAAAGCAACACGCUAUCAACAUUACCAUCAACGACAGAGAUCACGACACAAACUUCACCUACUACUACGUCUAAAGAGCCUUGGUCAUCUUUUUCAGUAAAGGAAAGCAACACACGAUCAACAUUACCGGUAUUACCAUCAACGAAAGAUAUCACAACACGAACUUCAUCUACUACUACGUCUAAUGAGUACAUUACACACAUAACACAAAUAUGGAUCAGAGACCUCAACCCAUUUUAA